AAACUCUCUGUUUAUUUAUCCCGACCCGAGAAACCAGACAACCUCCGACGAAGACGACAAUGGCGACGUUGAAAACAAUCUCGGCGGCGAUAAAGCUCAUCGACGCCAAAAAGGAGACUCUCAAGAAAGCCUACGACGAGCUUCAAGUCCACUCUUCUCUUCUCUCUCCUUCUCUCACUUUUCCCUGGUCCGACCUCGACUCCUACUUAACCUCCGUCCAGAAUUCGCUCUCCGACCGGUUCCAUCUCCUCGAGAUGCUCGAGUCGGCUACGCAACCACCACAGGACCCGAAUUUGUCUUCAAACCACGCUAACACUGUCUCCGCGAACCCGCGAGAGCCCUCCUCUUCCUUACCCCAGCCUGAUCAAAAUUUGGUUGACUCGGUGCCGAAUGGGCGCGAGCUGGUUUGCUCUUUGGAGAAUAAUCAGCAGGAGUUGCGAGACCCGUCCAGUUCGUCUGACCCUCAGAGUCAGGAGAAGGUAGAGUCGGUUCCGGCUCGUACGGAGUUGAGGGUUUUGUGUGAGAAGAUGGACGGGAAGGGAUUGAGAAAGUAUAUAAACGAGCAUUCGAAAGAGAGAGAUGCGAUACGGGCUGAGCUCCCAGAUGCAAUGCGGUGUGCUUCCGAUCCGGGUGCUAUGGUUUUGGACGCAUUGGAGGGGUAUUAUGCGGAGAAUUCGAAGGGUCGAGACGAUAGAGACCCGGAAUUGUGCGGCAUAAGGAGGGGUUGUGUGCUGUUGCUGGAGCAGUUAAUGGAGAUAAAGCCCGACUUGGCUGCCCAUGUAAGGGAGAGAGCUAAGUGCAUGGCUAAUGAGUGGAAGAUGAAGGCAAAUUUGAUUCGUGAAAACCCCUUAGAGGCACUUGGGUUUUUGCAUUUAGUGGCGGCUUAUGGAUUGGGGCCUGAAUUUAGUACUGAUGAGCUUGUGAAUUACUUUGUUACCGUUGCAAGGUACAGACAAGCAACCAUAUUGUGCAGGGCUGUUGGUUUAGGGGAUGAAGUUUCUGAUCUUAUUCAGAAACUUUUAGACGAUGGCAAACAACUUCUUGCCAUUAAAUUUAUUUUUGAGUUUCAGAUGAGUGAUAGGUUCCCACCAGUCCCCUUAUUGCAAGACUACCUAAAGGAGUCUAAAAUGGCUGCUGACAAAGUUUACAAGGAAGGGAAGUUCUCUCUUCAGUCACAGAAUGAGGCCAUUGCCAAACAACUUAGUGCACUAAGAGCUGUAAUCAAAGUAAUUGAAGGGCACAAUCUCGAGUCUCAAUACCCACGGGAGAGCCUUGAGAAGCGUAUUGAGCAACUAGAGAAGCAAAAAGCAGAUAGGAAACGUCCUUCAACAGCUUCUACCCCCAAGCCUCAGCAGCAGAAGGUGAAGCAGCAGCCUAAGAAGCAGCAGCAGCAAUCUAAGAAAAAGCAACAAGGAGGGACCAAGCGUCCCCGGACAUCUGCGCAUAUUGAUAUACCGGCUGUCACUUCAGCCAUCCCCCAGUUCCAGCAGCCUCAUUUACAGCCAGCAGGUUUGUUGCCAGAUCACUCUGCUGGGUAUUUGAGCUCACAGGGUGGGCCUUAUGGCUUCGUGGGCUCUGUUCAUAUGGUUGCUCCUUAUGCCAACUCAUCAGCUGGACUCUAUGGUUUGGCUGGAGCCUCCAUGAGUUUCCCUGGGAAUCCAAACCCUACUGGAUCCCAUUUAUAUUCUUCAGAAGCACAAGUGGGAUCUGGUUAUUAUGACAGGCCCACUGCUUAUGGUGGAUAUGGUUUGUCAUCUCAAUACCAUUCAGCAUACUAUCCUCGGUAGUAUCAUUCAUUUUCCGUCUUUGCUAUGCCAAACUUUUGGAUGGUAUUUUCACUUUCGCCUGACGUUGUGUGUCUGAUUAUCAGAAAGCAUAGUUGCUUUUUUGAUCAUGUAGAUUAUAUAGUAAGUUAGGUAGAUUUAAUUGUUGCAACAUAUGGUGUGACACUCUUUGGUGCCACAUAUAUUUACCCUUUUUGUUUUUUUUAAAAAAAUUAAGAAUUCAGGUAUAUCAUGAAUUCUUCUGUUAGAUGUUUUUGGUCAUGUGUGGGAGAGGUUUGGUUGAAAAGUGAAACCUCUUCCAUUGAUUAUAUUGUUUUGAAUUUCAACC